GAUCUAACUGUGACUCCAGCAUCUCUUCGUUGUCUGAUGAAUUCUACCAGUGUUUUAGCCCUGUGGCUGACUUUAGGUCUGUAGGAGAUGUCUUUUUGCCUGAAAAUACACCAGAAUCUUUGCAUAAUUCAGUCGAAAACAGUCAACAAGAGCAGGGAGUUCCUUGUUCAAAUUCAUCCCCAGCUCAAGAGAAUGCAGAUUUGGAUAGUAAAAAUACCUUGUUUAUUCAGAAACUUUUAAAAACAUCUUGCAGUAUUAUUUUCAAUUUCUUAUUUGCAGACUUCAAAACAACAGCUGCAACUUCAAAAAACACCUCUGCUCAAAAAAGAGACAAAGGUACCAUAAUAAAUGAUAGUGAACUACCAGUCAAAGAUAGCGAACCCUGUUAUUUCUCACAUACUCCUAACGGUUGCUUCAACUUCUCUUCAACUUCGGAGGAAUACUUUGAGUGCAGUGAUACAGUGGGUUUGACGUCAGAAAUUGAUGGUAUAGAUCAUGAAGUGAAACCAAGCUCAAUGGAGACAUUAAGUUCGGAUGAACGACUACAAGUACUGAAGCCUGUACUGGAAAAUGAGAAACUAUCAGAACUAAACGGUCAGAACACAAAAGAAAACAAUGACCCCAAAAUGCAUUUUGGACAGGAUCACCUCAAAUUUCAACACAUAUUAGAGAUGACAGCUGACAGUCACCAGGCAGUUUUAAAGUCUGAAGAUAAUGCCCAAACUCAACAGGAUGAGAACGUUCACAGACAACUACAAGAGUCUGAAGUUACAUCAGAGACAGUAGUAGAGAGCAUACUGAUUAGUAACUUAUUGCAAGAGCAUGAGAUAAGUGCAUCUCUGAAGGUUUUAAAGAUACAGUCCAAGGAUGCUUCUGUAGAAUUAGUUGAGAAAGUUGAAAAAGCACCAGUGCAAGACUUACAACUUAAGAUAAGUCUGGAUUUAGCAUCUGAGCAACCUGAAAAAGAACCACGACAGGACAUGCAACUUGAUGAAAGUCUGGAUUUAUUAUGUGAGGAAAAGUCGUUAGCGGAUUUAGAGUCUCAAAUAAGUCAAGAUGUAAAGUGUGAGGUACAAUCUGUAAAGUUAGUUGAGAAAACUGCAAAACCACCACUGCAUGACUUACAACCUGAGAUAAGUCUAGAUUCAGUAUGUAAGGGACAGUCUAUCCAGUUAGCUGAGACUACAACAAAGAGACUUCAACCACCAAUACAGGACUCACAGUCUGGGGAAAGUCCAGAUUUAAUGGUCAGAGCUUCAGAAGUAAAUGCUAUCCCACAGUCAGCAAUAGACAGUGAAUUUAGGAGCUCAGUACUGCAAGAUAAAACUGAUGUAACUCCUGUAAUUCCUGAGAAGACCAAGGCAACAGAGGAACUGCAAAACCCAUUAACUGAUUUAGAUUCUGGAACAGAUCAUCCACUCAGCCGGAAAUCUGAAGAGCAUGUGAAUGAGCAUUUAAAGCUUCAGAGCGAUGAGAUCAGUCCAGCAGCGCUAAAGAGAAAAUCCAAGGAGCACAAUCCUCAAGAGAAACUGCCUAAACAGUCUGAAACCAUUGAGCUGCUGAUAUUAGAGGAUUCUGACUUCCAAAAGACAGAGUUGAACAAUUCUGAUCCCAUAAGACCUAGAGCUGCACUGAGCAAAGUAACAAAGAUGAGCAAAACUAAGCCUUUAGAACCAAAGACUAUAAACAAUAAAAAAUCUAAAGAGAAUAAACUGGGUCAUGAUGUUUGCGGUAGGCAUAGAAAGGAAACAUGUCACCCUACAGCUCUGACUGAUGAGAAACAAGAAGAGGAACAUAUUUGUACAAAUCAGAUAAGCAUGAACCCGCCAGAGGCAAAACCCAAGCUGGAGUGUUUGGUUAGGAAGCAACCACAUCAAGCAUCAUCCAGAAUUCCCAUUCAAGUUAGAGGAGGGUUAACUAAGUUACCCAUCAGCAAAGUAGGCACUAGCAAUCGCUCGUUUGGGCUUCGAGCCCCUAAAGCUGACAUGCACAGACACCCACUUGGAAAACCACUGGGGCAGAAUAAGCCUAGCAUUACAUCACCUACAUCUCCUGAAAAAUCGUCCCCAGGAAGAGUUGCUCCAGUUAGGUCAAAACAAAUUCUCCAGAAACCCCCUUGCACAACGCCUGCACCAAAAGGUCCCACCUUUCCCUUAAAACUGCCACAGGUCCAGCCAAACUGUUCCAGGAAACAUUCUGCGUCUCAAACAAAGUAUAGUUGCUCUUCUUCUGGGAUUUCCUGUCUGGAACAAGUAAAGAAGCAUGCGAUUAAAGGGUCUCCGCCAAACAAAAAGAACAAAGCAUGAAUUUGAUGAAGUAUAAGCAAAUACAAAAUGCCAAAAGGCCACUGGGUUAUUUUAGUAUUUAAUAUUUUUAUUGGACUCUUAUUGAACUAUGUGGGUUGAUCUCACAUAAAACGAUGCUUGCGAUAAAGAACGAUGUCUUUGCGAUAAAGCUUUAUGAUUGCCCUUAAAGCUAUUAAUAUGUAAAU